AUGAAUGAUUCCAGAUUAUUCAUAAAAUGCAAAGCCAUUGAGAUCCAAAAUGAUAUUAUCUCCCAAACUAAUGGAUCAACGACAAAGAAAUCAGCCAAGCUGUUGAAGAUCAAGAAACAGUGUAUGAAAAGAAUCGUAGCCAAUGUGACUAUGGGAAACAAUGAAAUGAUCAACAUUUCCCCUUUUGUUUUCCAAUUUUAUGAGUUGGAUGAUUUAGAAUUAAAAGGAAUGUGCUGUUAUUAUUUUUCUACUUACUGUCAUUUGUUUCCUGAAAAGUAUUUGGCCAACAAGGAUCUAUUUAUAAAUGAUUUGAGGAGUACUUCGUCUGUGAUACGUUCGUUAGCCAUGAAAACCAUUUGUUAUUUCCCAAUAGAAGAGUUCCAAAAGGAUAUUACGGUGCCUUAUAUGCGGAAACUUUUAAGUGAUCCGGACAGCUAUGUGAGAAAAACUACAGUUUUUGGAAUUGGCAAGGUUUUUGAAUUGAACCCAUCAUUGAUUGAGGAAUCGAGACUCAUUGAAAAGUUGAAUCUGUUGUUACAUGAUCCAAGCGCUUCAGUGGUGUCUGCAACAGUAGCAGUUCUUGAUUAUAUAAUUGAAACGUCUCCAGAAAUGAAGCUAAGUAUAGAUGAAGAAAAUGUGUCAAGUUUAGUAAGCCUAUUACCAAAAGCCAGCGAGUUUAGUCAAGCAUAUUUACUAAAUGCUAUUUUAUCCUAUGUUCCUCAGUCAAACCAGGAAUCCAUUGACCUAAUUUCAGAUCUAUUGCCUUAUCUACAACAUGCCAAUAUUGCGGUUGCAAUAAAUGCCUUGAAGGUUAUAAUAUAUUUAUCAAACUAUGUCAAAGCACCCCAAGAUUCUAUUAGCGUCCUACCCCAGAGAUUGGGUAAUUCAUUAGUUUCUUUAUUAGCAAAGUCUCCCGAAAUUCAAUUUUUGGUCUUGAGAAAUGUCAUCUUGUUGUUGUUAUCCAAGCCAAAUCUUAUAAAAUUGGAUGUGACCAUGUUCUUUUGCCAAUACCAUGAUCCUAUUUAUGUUAAGGAUACAAAAUUAGAAAUCAUUUACUUGUUGGCUAAUUAUAAUAAUUUGGAAAUUGUUCUAAGGGAACUAGAGGAGUAUGGGACUGAAGCUGACAUCCAAAUGUCCAGAAAAUCUAUUAGAGCCAUAGGAAAUCUUGCUAUCAAAUUGGAAGACGGUGCUGAAAAAUGUACCGAUGUGCUUGUGAAUUUAGCUUGUAGUGGUAUCCCUUUCAUCAUUCAAGAAACUGUGAUUGUCAUGAAAAAUAUUUAUAGAAAGUAUCCUGAUAAGGUUGAUGAACAUACGAUAAAAAUAUUUGUUGAGAAUUCCGAUGCUAUUGAGGAUGCUGAAUCAAAGGCUUCAUUUAUGUGGAUCAUCGGAACAUAUUGCUAUUUAAUUCCAGAAUCAUUAGAGGUAUUGAAAGAUUUUUCGCAUUCUUUCAAAGAUGAGCCUUUAGAUGUGCAGCUAACUACUCUCACCACAGUAAUCAAGUUUUAUUUAAGAUGCCCAACCCAAGGCGAGUCAUUAUUAUUGGAUAUUUUGAAAGUUUGCACAGAGAACUUAUCGGAUCCGGACCUUAGAGAUAGAGCAUAUUUCUACUGGAAAAUUUUGUCUUCCCAAAAGAAAUUCCCUAAUGCUGCCCAAGACAUUGUGUUAACAGAGCUACCAAUAAUUAAUUCUGAUCAAGAUAAACUAGACUCACUGAUUCUAGAGGAGCUUGAAUUGAAUAUUGGGACUUUGGCCUCGAUUUAUUUGAAGCCAGUUAAGCUGGUGUUUAGAUUGUCCAGAACCAGAAAACUCACAGAUUCUCCAGCUUUACAAGUGGAGUAUAACAAAUCAAUAAAAUCGUCGAAUUUAAAAGAUGAUAUGGAAGAUGUUCAAACCAAAGUCUUAAAAAUCGAUAUUAAAUCGAGCAUCGGUACAAUCACGUCUCCUAAAUUAAGUGAUAAUGAUUCCUAUGAAAGAGACCCUGCUGACGGAGUAUUAGACAGGCAGACUCCCCAACAAAGGUUUACUUUGUUGAGAAAAAAGUCAAAAGAUAUGCUAAGUCGUCCUUCUGUGUCAAGUCGUGAUGUGGAGAAAAAGGAGGAUACAUUCGAUGAAUAUGGUCUACCACAGAAUAGCAAAACCCCAAAUUUGGGUGAUAAAUUGAAAAGAAGAAUGACUUUUACUAGAAAGAAAUCUACAAUGUCUUUAAAAAAUCAGGCUAGAAACUUUACAAGUUAG